AUGCAGCUGGAAUAUCCCACGGUGGCAGCUUCUUCCCGGGCCAGCCUGCCUCCCAUCAGUGAGCCAGGAGCGAACAGCCACCUGGGCAUGGGGCUCUACUCCCGCCUAGAGCCUUUCCAGGGCCCUUGCGUGCAGGCCAGCGACGGCACCAAGCCGCCCUACAGUUACAUCGCUCUGAUCACCAUGGCGAUCCAGAGCACCCCGGAUAAGAAGAUCACCUUGAACGGCAUUUACCGGUACAUCAUGGGCCGCUUUGCCUAUUACAGAGACAACAAGCAAGGCUGGCAGAACUCCAUCCGCCACAACCUGUCGCUCAACGAAUGCUUUGUGAAGAUGCCCCGCGACGACAAGAAGCCCGGCAAGGGGAACUACUGGACACUGGACCCAGAGUGUUACAACAUGUUUGAGAACGGCAGCUUCCUGCGACGGCGAAGGCGCUUCACCCGCAAAAGAGGCCCGGGGCGGUCCUCGGAUGGGGGCAAAGGUGAGAAAAUGCCACCCAAAUGCCAGUCCGAGCAACCAGCCCAGACUCUUCCCGCUAAGGCAAUCAAGGUGGAAAACAAUCAGUCUCCACCAGCUCCCUGCCCGGAGAUGCCAGACCCUGGCAAAUCUUUGCCCUUGGAGGUGCCCACUGCACCCCUCUCUUGCCAAGAACAGCCAGGCCCUGGAAGCUUGGCAUAUGCCAAGCUGUACACGCCAAGAUCAAGGCAGCUCUGCCUGCACCCACAGGACCUGUCGGGGUCUAAACCUCGUCUCUUUGAGAAGGAUCCCGGCUACCCUUGCUUGAUGGCGAGAUCUCAAGCGAAGGAGGUUCCUCUGGGGAAUAUGCAAGCCAACCAGCUUGGGUCAAGCCCCCAUCAUGGCGAGAGGAUGGCCCAGCAGCCCACCCAACCACACCUCGAUGUCAAGGAGAUCCUCCAAAGCAACCCCAAACUGCCCCAGGGCUCUCCCAAGACUGGGCCAGAAGGAAAGGAGGCGUCCCAGCCAUUCUGCCAGUUGAGCCCGUCCUUUGCAUCUCUGCUGGGGCCCGGCAAGGCCUCCCAGGUGUGCAGCAGGCAACAUUCCCCCGACUGCCUGCCUGCCUUUGAUGGUGAGAGCUAUGCCAAAUCAUCGGUGCUGCCGGUUUUUGGCUCUUUGGGGUAUUCCAGCCCGGAUACUCUGAGCGGGAACUACCAGUGCCGUCUGCAGGCCUUGAACUUCUGCGUCAACGACCACGGGUGCAGCACAGCCUUGGAGCACCUCUUGGCGGGUCCCGCAGCCCCCACCUCUGCGGCCCCCAUCCAGCCAACCUCCUUCAUGCAACUUCAAGGAGAGCAGGAGGCCUGGGCAGGGACCCCCUUCUCCCUCCAAGGAGGAAAUGGCUACCAGCUGGGCCUCCCCCAUUGCCUCUACAGGACACCUGGCAUGCUGUUCUUUGAGUGAUGGGCGGGGAGGGGGGAGCACGUGCUCCAGUUCUGCUCUGGUCAGUGGCCCCCGUUGACUGCUGGAGGGUUGGUGCUUGAGUACCCGGACAUCCCAUGUAAGUUAUUGACUCCUGCCUGGCGGACCUGAGAGGACCGCAAGAGAGACCACUCCAUCGCUGCCCGAACAAAAA